UAGACUGAUGUUCCAGCUCAACACACCAGUCCCCACUAAGGAUGAUGUCCUUGGUGUCGUCGACAAGCAACUGUAUCUUCAAUUCAACAAUCAGACGAACACUCAAACCACCUUCCAGAAUGGAACUUAUAUCAGUGAGUUUAAUAAAUUAGGCUUAUAUCAUGAAGACAUUUAUUUCCACUCUAUAAUUUUUUUUUAUAGGUAAACGUUCAACUGCUUCCGCUAUGUAAAUAUUUCUUGAAUGUUUUCUAAUGUUGAAACUCCUAAAUUGUAGCAAUUCAUUUUGUCUGUUAAUAUAGUGACCAUUGUUUUGUGUGCUCACAGAACUUACAGAUACUUCAUUUGCCGUCGAUCUUGGUUUCAAAAUAACCAAUGUAACCAUGGAGUCGCAAAGCAAUAGCCUCACUUUCACCAAUGAGACCUACAGCCAGAUAGAGGAUUCAAUUAACAGCCUAGUAAGAUAUCUCUAUACAUAAGAUACAACCAUGGUCAUGUUCAGGUCAUGACAGUAAUUGACAACUUGGUGUUUUGUUCCCUUUUAGCUCCAUGAUAUUCUUUGUAAACCAGACGGCAAACAGUUUGACUUUCCCAAACCCAACUUCACGUAAGUACAACGUCAUGUCCGUGAACCAACCCAGCUUUCUCAACUGCACUCUUUAGAAUGUCUGCAGAUGUCAUACAGCUGCUGUUUGUACAGCUAAACAGGAUGGAUGGGAACAUGUUCAACUCUCACACAAAACCAAUUUUUACGUCCACAGUACUGUUGGCACUCAAAUCAGGGCAGACGUGAUGUAUGUAUACAAAAAGGAAGACAUCAACCUCCCUAGUGCUUUUCUAGAGGAAGUCUUAAAAGUCUCAGGUAUGCUGCUUUUGUUGCUAUUUCUGUUUGUUAUUACGGUGAGUUAUCAAACACCAUGUCAAAUAUGCGUAAUAUUCAAUCUCGAAAAAACACUUUCACAUCUAUGGUACUGUAUAUGACGUAUUACAAGUCUAUAAUCCCCCCUAAAAUGUAUUUUCAUUUAUAUUCUAGAUCUCCUGCCAACCACUGUUGCCCCAACAACCACCACCACCACUGUGGCUUCUACUACGGCAAUUAAAACUGCAGGUCCUACAACAACAACCACAAUUGCUGCUCCUACAAUGACUACAACUGCAGCAUCUACAAGUACAACCACAAUUGUACUUCCUACCUUGACAACGACAACUGCAACUUUUACCUCAACUUCUAUGGCUUCAGUGACAGCAACAACUAGGUAAGCAAGAUAAUUUAGUAGAAUUAUUUUAUGCAAUUCAAUUAACACUUUGUCAAUCAAUGAAUCUUUGAAGCGAAGAACCAUGUAUAUCCGUGUUUGUGUCGUUAAAAACUGAUAUUUUCAAAAAGCAUUCAAAAUGUCAGCCUUUCUUUAGAAAAUGUAUUUGAGUACCUCAGUUGGUAGAAAGGCGCUAUAUAAAUCCAAUCUAUUUUUAUUAGUGUGCUUGCUGAAGGCAAGACCACUAGAUUUAUUACAUACUUCUUCUAAUUAUUUGAUUCAUUUAGCCCGUUUUAGCACCUAAACGCUUCAAGCUAUGAACACGGAACCAACUUAGAUUACUUGAGAAAAUAUUUUUUUGCAUUAAUACCUGUAGUCGUACAACAAUAUUGAAAUCAGCUCCCAAUGCAUUUCAACACCAAACCAACAUUGAUAUUUUCAGACUGACCCAACUUAGAUUGUUUUUAUUCAGCUUUUUUAUACUAUUUAUACUUGUUGAACUAUAACCAUUUUAAAGUUGCAUAAAAGCUCCAUAGGCUUUAAUGAGAAAUAUUUGGUUACGCCACUUCUCUUGAACUAUUUAUGCUACAAAGACCAAACCAACGUUGAAAUGUACAGACUGACCCAUCUUAGAUUGCUUGUCAAAAGCUUCACAUUUUCUAAAACUUUUAUAAACUGUAAUGAUAAAAUUUGCAUAAAUUGCCGUAACACUUUAUGGAUUGAAUGCCAAUCAUGGGAAUACAGUGGUAAACAUUUAAAAUGCUGCUGCUUCUUAACCAUUUUAGCUACAAACUUUUAAAACAACUUUAACAUUUUCAAAACGUUAUAAACUAUACUAAUUCAAACAAGUAUAAACUAACAUAUAAUAACCUACCAACAAUAAUAGUAGCUAUUGAACCAUUCAAGCUAGAGACACAAACCAACAUUGACAUGUUCAGGCUAUCCUAUCCAAUCUAUCAAUUUUUCCAUCUACCUACUUUUCCCAACUAUAACCAGUCACUUCCAUUACUACUGCAGUGACUACCACUACUAUAACUUAUUUCACAACCAUAAAUACUUUAAGACAAGCUAGCAAGAACACACAUUUUCUUUAGGAAAUUGACUUUUUUAUUUAUUAUUAUUUUCUCUCAGAUUUGGCGCACAGUGAUGUUUUUUGUUAGACUGAUGUUCCAGCUCAACACACCAGUCCCCACUAAGGAUGAUGUCCUUGGUGCCGUCGACAAGCAACUGUAUCGUCAAUUCAACAAUCAGACGAACACUCAAACCACCUUCCAGAAUGGAACUUAUAUCAGUGAGUUUAAUAAAUUAGGCUUAUAUCAUGAAGACAUUUAUUUCCACUCUAUAAUUUUUUUUUAUAGGUAAACGUUCAACUGCUUCCGCUAUGUAAAUAUUUCUUGAAUGUUUUCUAAUGUUGAAACUCCUAAAUUGUAGCAGUUCAUUUUGUCUGUUGCUAUAGUGACCAUUGUUUUGUGUGCUCACAGAACUUACAGAUACUUCAUUUGCCGUCGAUCUUGGUUUCAAAAUAACCAAUGUAACCAUGGAGUCGCAAAGCAAUAGCCUCACUUUCACCAAUGAGACCUACAGCCAGAUAGAGGAUUCAAUUAACAGCCUAGUAAGAUAUCUCUAUACAUAAGAUACAACCAUGGUCAUGUUCAGGUCAUGACAGUAAUUGACAACUUGGUGUUUUGUUCCCCUUUUAGCUCCAUGAUAUUCUUUGUAAACCAGACGGCAAACAGUUUGACUUUCCCAAACCCAACUUCACGUAAGUACAACGUCAUGUCCGUGAACCAACCCAGCUUUCUCAACUGCACUCUUUAGAAUGUCUGCAGAUGUCAUACAGCUGCUGUUUGUACAGCUAAACAGGAUGGAGGGAACAUGUUCAACUCUCACACAAAACCAAUUUUUACGUCCACAGUACUGUUGGCACUCAAAUCAGGGCAGACGUGAUGUAUGUAUACAAAAAGGAAGACAUCAACCUCCCUAGUGCUUUUCUAGAGGAAGUCUUAAAAGUCUCAGGUAUGCUGCUUUUGUUGCUAUUUCUGUUUUUUAUUACAAUGAGUUAUCAAACACCAUAUAAAAUAUGUGUAAUACUCAAUCUCAAAAAAACACAUUCACAUCUGUGGUACUGUAUAUGACAUAUUACAAGUUUAUAAUCACUCUUAAAUGUAUUUUCAUUUAUAUUCUAGGUCUCCUGACAACCACUGUUGCCCCAACAACUACCAGCACCACACCACUGCUUACCGUUUUGCUGACCACUCCUUUCAAUACCACAAGUGGUGGAGGUUUUCCUGGCUGGGCUCUGGCCAUUAUCAUCCCUUGUGGCAUCGCUAUCAUUCUGGUACCACUGUGGAUCCUGCUUUGUGUACGUAUAGGCUUGUGUUCACUUGUGUACUCUGAAAAUACUCUACAAAGUAUAUUAUCAAAUAAGCUGUUCAAUCUCUGCAAUGAUAUUGAUUUAACAUGUGAAUCAUACUUCCCCAUCUUUGUUUUGUAGUGCAUGCUGUGUGGCUGCUGUGCAGCUGUAAGGAGACGCUGUCACAGACGUAGAUCUUACAAUGUACAGUACACCACCAGAAACGGCCUCUUCUGA